UGGGCCUUGGCCGGAAGUAGCCGCGCUGGCUGCUGGGAGGCUUUAAACAGGCGGCGGCGGCGGCGCGCGAGGCUGAAGCGGCGGUUUGUGGAGGAACCGGAGCUCGGGUUGAGGCGUUCAAAAUGGCAGCUAAUGGAGAUGCAGACGAAAUUACUCCUCAAGAGAAGAAAAUCUGUGAACAGAUUGAAUAUUACUUUGGUGAUCACAAUUUGCCAAGAGAUAAAUUUCUCACCGAACAAAUAAAGUUGGAUGAUGGUUGGGUACCUCUGGAAACUAUGAUUAAAUUUAACAGAUUAAGUCGCCUCACCACAGAUUUCCCUACAAUAGUAGAAGCACUUAAGAAAUCAAAAUCUGGGCUUAUGGAAAUAAGUGAAGACAAGAGCAAAGUUCGUCGUGUUCCAUCUAAACCUCUGCCUGAGAUGGAUGACAAGUACAAGGAUUCUGUAAAAGCCAAAACCGUUUAUGUUAAGGGGUUUCCUACAAGUGCAACACUUGAUGAAAUAAUGGAAUGGUUUGAAGAGAAAGGACCUGGGGAGAGUAUUCAAAUGAGAAGGACUUUGCAGAAGCAAUUCAAGGGAUCAGUAUUUGUGGUGUAUGACAGUGUAGAAAAGGCCAAGAAAUUUGUGGAAACUUCAGGUCUGAAGUAUAAGGAGACUGACAUGAUUGUGCUUUUCAAAGAAGCUUAUUUUGCAAAGAAGGCUGAAGAAAAACAGAACAGAGGAUCCAAAAAUAAAAAACAUGACAAACAAGAGAUACAAAAAAUAGCUGAGGAAUCUAUGAAGAAAUCCAUGGAAGAAAAGUCUGGGUGCUUGCUGGCAUUUUCAGGUGACCUUACUGACCAGACGUGUAGGGAAGAUAUACAUGAAGUUUUCUCAAACCACGGUGAGAUACGAUGGGUGGAUUUCACAAGAGGCGCUAAAGAGGGAAAUAUUCUCUUUAAAACAAGUGCAAAGGAAGCACUUGAAAAGGCCAAAGAAGCCCAUGAUGGAAACUUGCAGCUGCGAGGAAAAGAUGUGACUUGGGGAUUAUUGGAAGGUGAUGAAGAGAAAAAGAUUUUAAAGAAAAUAAUGGAGGAUCAAGAGGAAUCUCUGAAUAAACGAAAAGGCAGAGGUCAGUGGGGUAGAGGUCGUGGCAGGAGUGCUAAAGGUGGUCGAAGACAAACCAGAGUGAAGUUCCAAGGCAAGAAAACUACGUUUGACAGUGAAGAGGAAGAUGGUGGUGGUGAUGGAAUGGAGGAAACUGAAGAAACCGCUCCUACAAACGAAAAGAAGCGACAUUUCGAAGAAACUAAAUCUGGAGACGAGCCUGCAUCGAAACAAAUGAAAGUGGAAGAAACUGAGGAAACUGAAAAAGAGCCUGCGCCAAAAGUGACGGUGACGGAACCCAAAAAAACGGAGGAACCUGCAUUGAAAGAAAUGAAAACUGAAGAGCCUUUGCCAAAACCGAAAACAGAAGAUGAAGCAGGUGAUAAGUGAGACUCCAUUUUGAGCAUGUAGCCGAGAUAAAGAGAAUCAUAUGCAUUUACAUGGGUUUCAACAAUUUUUUUUAUUUAAAAAUUAUGUAGUCAUUCCAAGGUUGUGCGAUUGGAUGUCUCUCAAAUGUAUGGAACUAUUUAAAAGAGAACCGUAUGAAGUCCACUUUAAUGUCAACCUACAAAAAAAAAAAGAGCAGGUUGAAACUGUUUGAAAAUCCCUUUAAGAACUGCAUGCUUGUCUAAAGUUCAGGCAGAAUUUUUUUUAAAAACAAAAUAUUUUAUUCUUAGGUUAUAUUCUCGGUUACUUUAGUAUGUUUGGUUCUGUUUUUUGUUAAUUGUCUCCUGCAGUUUAAGCACACUGAAGCCAGUACUCGAUGCUUCCUCAGAUUAAGUAUCACAUAGUAAAUGGUACUGUAACUUGACUUAAAAGGUGAUUUUACUUGAGAAGCUUUGUUCAUAAUCCUGUACUAUUGUAAAUAGUCUUUCCAAUUCAUUAAUAAAAUGGCCUUUGACAA